AUGACUAAACACCAUCAGCCACCAUUGGGGCCUUCAAAACAUACCGAGUAUGGAAAGCUUCCACAAUCACUAAAACACAGGCUGUCGAUGAUCUACCUCAAAAAUAAGAUUGACCUUAACGAGGAGCAUACUAAAAGACUGUUGUGCAAAGACCCAAACGAUGAAUAUGUCAUGCUCAGUGACCAUUAUCAUCAUUUUCAAGAAUCCACCAAAUCGGUCAUUAGUUUUAUUGGGGAUACGGGCGUCGGCAAGUCAACCAUAAUCAAAGCAUUUAUUAAAGACAUAAGUUUGUGGCCUGUCACGGCAAACGAAGGUGAGCAAGGAAGUUGUCUAUCCACAUCGUGUGGCGUUGUAGUCCACCAUGGCACCUUGGAUGAUGUCAAUCAACAAAUGGAACGGCCAGUACUAGUCAUCGACUGUGAAGGAUAUGGAGGAAGUACUGAAACAAACGCUCAACAAUAUCAAAGGAGUUUACAAACAGACAACAAUAACAACAAGUCACAAAGUACUAAAAACUAUCUAUGUCUCUAUUCCCAAUUUGUUUAUACAUAUAGCCAUGUGAUAGUUUACAUGUACACUGGAAACAAUCUAGAUAAAUCAGCCAUAAAACUUUUAACACAUAUCAAAAUCACACAAAACAGAUGCACCAAUCAACACGUCAACAAGCCUCAUAUCAUCUUUGUUCAAAACAAAUCCAUCACUCCACAACCGAAACUAUCGGAAAGCCGACGCAAAGAAUUAGAUAAUAUCUUCCAAACAGUAGAAUCCACAAAAAUAGCAAUCGUCCUACACACGAAAAAAUAUGAUGAAGACCUGAAGAGUCUCCAAACAAAAAUUAACAACUUGCUUGGUCCACCUCCAACCGAAUCAACUCUCCAACCUCUCAACUACCAUCUCAAAGUUUUACCAUUUGGUGUUGGGCUUUACAAUGUAUACAAAACGACUCAAUCCAAAGAAGCAGAGGCUGUCGACUUUUUUUCAUACAAUCACCCAAAAGAUAGUGAAAUCAUUUGCGAAUCAUGUAAAAAUCAUUUGCAAAGAUGUAUUGAUUGUUCACUCCUCCAUUGUCCGCAACAUAUUAACAACAAGGUUCAUUUGUGUGUCGCCAAUAUGGGUAUUAAUAGAUUGCUGGGUGCUCUGAAUAAAGAACAACAGAAUUGCAGUGUCAUUGUAGUUGACCAACAAUCACCAAAACCCCUAAGAAAUUUGACGCAAAUUGCAACAACAGAGAUACCUGGUGGAGAUGGUCAAGUUUCAAUCAGGCUCUGUCCAAAAUCAUCAAGCAUCAUUUUCUUCUCUAGUAUUGCAGCUGGAGCUGGAGAUGGAGCAGAUGAAGCUGGACGAUCACACAAUACCGAAAAUUAA